AUGUCGGGGCCCACCUGGCUUCCCCCGAAGCAACCAGAGCCCUCCAGAGCUCUUCAGGGGAGAACAUUUCCCCGAGGUCCCCCGGGCCCACCAGUGGCCCAGGGAGCAGCACUCCAGCCCCACCCCAGAGUCAAUUUUUGCCCCCUCCCAUCUGAGCAGUGUUACCGGGCCACAGGGGGACUGGAGGAUCGGGGGCCAGCCUGGGGGGGCGCCCAUGGAGCACCGCAGCGCCCACAGGGGCUGCCCCCUGAUAGAGGGGGCUUGUGCCCAGGAAGCCUGGAUGCGGAGAUAGACUCACUGACCAGCAUGCUGGCAGAACUGGAUGGGGGUCGUGGCCCCGUGCCGCAGCGCCCAGACCAACAGGUUUAUGAACCCCCUCAGCCCUCUGGCUAUCGCACCGGCUCUCUGAAGCUUAAUGGAGGGGGAGCUGCACCCCCACAACUCCCAGCAUCCCCUUAUGGGGGCCCUACUCCAGCCUCCUAUGCUACUGCCAGCACCCCUGCUGGCCCAGCCUUCCCUGUGCAAGUGAAAGUGGCACAACCAGUGAGAGGCUGUGCCCCACCCAGACGGGGGGCCUCUCAGGCUUCUAGGCCCCUCCCGGGUCCCCACUUUCCUCUCACAGGCCCAGGUGAAGCUUGGGGGGCUGGCUAUAGGAGCCACCGGGAGCCAGGACCAGUGGGUAAAGAGGAGGCUGCUGGGGUCCCUGGCCCUGCCGGAGGAGGAAGAGGAGGCAGGUACGGACCUCAGGUCCCCCUGAGCCAGCCUCCAGAGGAGGAGCUUGAGAGACUGACCAAGAAGUUGGUGCAUGACAUGAACCACCCACCGAGCGGGGAGUACUUUGGCCGGUGUGGAGGAUGUGGAGAAGAUGUGGUUGGGGAUGGGGCUGGGGUAGUAGCCCUUGACCGUGUCUUCCAUGUGGGCUGCUUUGUCUGUUCUACGUGCCGGGCCCAGCUCCGGGGCCAGCAUUUCUAUGCUGUGGAGAGGAGGGCAUACUGCGAGAGCUGCUAUGUGGCCACCCUGGAAAAGUGUUCCAUGUGCUCCCAGCCCAUCCUGGACCGGAUCUUGCGGGCGAUGGGGAAGGCCUACCACCCUGGAUGUUUCACCUGUGUGGUGUGCCAUCGAGGCCUUGAUGGCAUCCCCUUCACCGUGGAUGCCACCAGCCAGAUCCACUGCAUUGAGGACUUCCACAGGAAAUUUGCUCCACGCUGCUCGGUGUGUGGUGGGGCCAUCAUGCCGGAACCAGGUCAGGAGGAGACUGUGCGAAUUGUUGCUCUGGACCGAAGUUUUCAUAUUGGCUGUUACAAGUGUGAGGAGUGUGGGUUGCUGCUCUCCUCAGAGGGUGAAUGCCAAGGUUGCUACCCCCUGGAUGGACACAUCUUAUGCAAGUCCUGUAGUGCCUGGCGCAUCCAGGAACUCUCAGCCACCGUCACCACCGACUGCUGA